GAGUGUUUGAUAAUAAAUAUGUUAAUUUAUCCAUGUUCAUAAUUUCCAAGAUUUUAUUAAACCAGAAAUUUAUAUCUGGUCUAUUUUUCAUCCUCCAUUCUUUUGCGUAGGUUAUUCUCACGGCCGUUGUUAAAUAAUUAAAUAAAAUUUAUUUAUUCCUAUCUUCUAAGCCCAGCAUCCCUAAUAGGAAGAACUUCGGGUCUAGGCUGAUCUUGAUUGACAAAAUCUUUUGUGUUCUUUGGUGAAUUUCUUUCCAAAACUCUUUGGCUCUCCCACAGGUCCACCAACAAUGGUAAUAUGUACCUUCAUGCUCCCCGCAUUUCCAACAUUUGUUGGAGGGGUUUUUUUUAAUAGAUUUUGGAUAGUUUUUGUGGGGUUAAGUACCAUCUUCAUUUUCUUUUUCUGGUAGGCUGUUAGGAAUGGUGGGAGUUGAAGUCCAAAACACCUGGAGGGCCCAGGUUUGCCCAUGCCUGCUGUAUAGAUCUCACCAGGAAUAAGGCCAUGUCCAGUUCUGAGCAAUUCAGGAAGGAAAUUUCAUGUAACAAGUAAUAUCUGAUUGAGGUUAGACUGGAUGGCCCUUGGGUUCCUUCCAAUGAUGUGAUUCUAUGAAAUGCACAAAGGGCAUAUAGCUGAAUCCUGUGCAUUGCUAGUGUGGUGUGUAUUGUUGGUUGGAUUGAGAUAAAUUACCUCUCUCUGAUCUCAAUCGGCUUCAACCUUUCAAGCAUCUGCCUGAAAAGCACCAACGACACUGGACUCCUUAGUUCAGCUAUCGAAGCGGCACUUAACUUUAUUGCAACUAUACACUAUAUAUAUCAGAGCAUCAUCAAUCACGCCAAUCACAUCAGAGCACACCACAAGGAGCACGCUCCAAUCUUAUCUAUUCUUCUUUAUCUGGCUUACACAGGAACCUCCUAAAGUUACACUCUAGAAAUACAUCACAACUCUAUGUAUUAACUAAUGCAUUACUUAACACAUGGUUUGAACUAUAAGCAAUGUUUCACCUCAUAUGAAACCCUAUACUGACAUGUAUUGCUCGUGCAGUUUCACCAUUUACUAACAAGGAGCUUAUGCACAACCUCAAUAUAACAACUCAAGCAUAAAGUUGCACUCCGCUCUCUCAAUCUCAGCUUUGUUUUUUCAAAUGUACCCUAACUAUUACAGUCAAAUUGGGAGCUAUGCCCAAAGCAAAUGCUGUACGACUCUAACCUGUCUCUUUUCUGUCCCAAAAAAGCUGACUCCUGCCUCUCCCCAGGUGCUUAUUGCAACGCACAAUCUAUUUAUAUCUCCUUCUCGAAAGGGUUUUGAACCUUACAGGUGUCUCCCCGCCUCUCCCCCUUCCUUGCCCUUUGCAGUCUCUUUGAGAAAUGCAAAGCCCUGUGUAAUUGGAGCCGUUGAGACUUGCAAUUUGCCCAAAUUAUGGUCUGUAAUAUAUUGUCUGCUCCUUUUUCUCCCCUCCAGCACCUGCAAUUUGAUUUUGUUGUUUAAGGGGGCAAGGAGGGCUCAUUUCCUCCGGAAAGGAAGCAACACGGGCUAAUGAAUAGAUUGAAGAACAGGAGGGUUUGUGCAAUUUCUUCCUGAAGUCUGUCCUUAGCUGGGUUUCUCAGCAUACAUCAUUCAGAAGCAGACAGUUUUUGCAACUCCCAGCAUCCUUGAGCAGAGGAUUUUGGGGAGUUUGGGUCCCUCUAAAAAACUUUCCAAACCCCAAACUUUGAUGUUUAAAGAACCAAUUCCAUAGUUCCCCCAAUGAACUUUUCCAACUUCACACUUUUGUGUCCUAUAGCAUUGUGCCGUGUCAGUUUAAAACAGAUCAAACUGCAUUAAUUCUGCAGUGUGGAUGCAUCCUAUAUCCUCUGAAGUUUGAACUCAAAUCCAGGGCAGACUUUAUGUGUUUACUUCCACUAAAACUAUCUAUUUUAUUUAUUUACAGUAUUUAUAUUUCGCCCUUCUCACCCCGAAGGGGACUCAGGGCGGAUCAUAUUACACAUAUAAGGCAAACAUUCAAUGCCUUUGACAUAGAACAAAGACAAGACAAACAUAGGCUCCAAGCUGGCCUCGAACUCAUGACCUCUUGGUCAGAGUGAUUUGUAGCAGCUGGCUGCAGCUGGCUGCUCACCAGCCUGCGCCACAGCCCGGGCUAUGCUGGACAGAAUGUAAACAGCGAACCUCAGUAACAUCAGGGUUUUCUGACUUCUCUUUGAAUUUCAUGCCAUUUACAGCGAUGGCUGAACUGUAUUCAAAGCAGAGCCCAGAAUACCAGAGUGGAUGGCGGACUUGGGUUAUGCAAACUGGAAAUAUCCAGAUUAUGCACAUGGGCAUUGGCACACUUGGCUUAGCCUGGCACCCAUCAUCAGUCCUUUCCACAUUGCACGCCCAUUGCCUAAGUCAAAACAUUGAAGAAUAUUUUGAUGAGCUAAAUUGAGGAGUUAUGGGAGAAAAGUCAUGAAGCAAGGUAGCUCUCAAUUCUCCAAAUGUUCUGUGUUCUGAUCCCCAUCAUCCCUUACACCAUGCAGGCAAGGGAAGAGGAUUAUGGGAUUUGUAGUCCAAAACAGGGAGGGCUAAGUGUUCCCACGUCUAAUUUAGAAAUGGGACACUAUAAAGUAACUUUUCUGGAUUUUGUAUUUUAAAUCAAGAUGUUAAAAUCAUACAAUUGAAAGGGGCGUUAAGGUCAUCUAAUCCAACCUGCUGCUUUGUCAGUGAGUAGCUAUACCAAAACAAAACAAUGUACAGUACAUCAAUAAACAAUAACAUGCACCUUUUUUAUUUUUUUCAUGUCAGGAGCAACCUGAGUUGCUUCUGGUGUGAGAGAAUUGGCCAUCUGCAAGGACGUUACCCAGGGGAUGCCUGGAUGUUUUUUGAAUUUUUUACCAUCCUUGUGGGAGGCUUCUCUCAUGUCCCCGCAUGGAGCUGGAGCUGAUAGAGGGAGCUCAUCCGCGCUCUCCCCGGGUGGGAUUCAAACCUGGCAGCCUUCAGGUCAGCAACCCAACCUUCAAGUCACAAGGCUUUUAUCCACCAGGCCACGGGGGCUCCUAAUAACAUACACCAAUUAUAAUAUUUAAACAUUAAAUAUUUAAACAAAAAAAGAAAAAGAAAAGAAAGAAACACACUUACUAAAAACAUAGAAUUAAAAACAGUGAAGUUGUCAUGGUAGAUUAGCAAAGUGCACAUUAUAAGUAGCGAAGGCCCAGUCAAAGUCAUCUCGACAAACAUCCAUCUCCAAUGAAGGAGAAUCCACUGGAAGAGACCCCCAGAGGGCAUUUAGUCCAACCCCUUUCAACCAGGAUCAACACAAUCAAAGCAUGGCCCCAGGAUGGCCAUUCACCCUCCUACAGAGAGGCCUUAAAAAGCAUAUCACCGACAUGGAAAAAUUAGAAAGCUCCAGUGCAACUUAAUGCCCAGCUUCCACGGUCCAGAGGUGGUCAAUGCACACAUUGAUGUGUUCAAGCCAUGCCUUGCAAUCAAGAGGCCUGGAUUCGCACUCGCUCCCCGAUUGCUAACGUUGCUCAUCCUUCCUCGCAGCCGCCCUGUUUUUCUCUGUCAUGACAGCGUGCGUCCGUGUGACCUACUUGGGCACUCUUCUGGCAAAAGGAUGCGCCCGAUGAUGUGGCUCACGUCUACGCCAGCGUGCGCCUUCCCCCCUUCUGCGUGUGCCUCAUCUGCUUCCUCGUCCUGGCAACAAAGAUGCUUCAGAGAAGGGUCAGAACCAGGGAAGGGGGUCCCUCGCCCAGCAAACAAAAGAAACCUGUGCCGAGGAGAACAAUGAAUACUAUGCGCUCUUAUGAGAGCACUUUGGACGGGAGCCACAUGCGAUGCAGCGGGAGGUCUUAGUCAAGCAACUGCUUUGAAAUUGGACUGCUGCAAGAUGAAGAAGACUCUGAAUUUCUAUUCCAUCAUUGGCCUCUUAAUAGCCUUUUGCUGGAAUGGGACUUGGGCACAAGGCUGCGGAGCAGAAGAGUACCAAAACGUCAAAGGCCACUGCGUCCCUUGCGAAGGAUGUCCGCCGGGAGAGGAGCCAGAUAGAAAAUGUGGCUCUGGGGCCGGUCUGGGGAUGGUCUGCAAGCCUUGCCCGGCGGGCUCCUUCUCUCCAGGCUUCGGGCUGGACUUCUGCUGGCCGCAUUCCCACUGCGAGAGCAAGAAGAGGGUCCAGGUCAGCCCCGGAACGGCUGCGGUGGACACCUUGUGUGGGGACUGUAUGCCAGGGUAUUACAGCCCUGAAGGUGAAACAAACCCAAGUGCCACCUGCCGGCCUUGUUCAUCCGCCCACAGAGGAGUCCCAGGUUGUCCAGGGUCCAAGAAAUGGCUGACGCGCCUUGCCCGCAACGCAGAGUCCGUACAGCGGCGGGAAGAGAAGAUGCCAGGGAACGGGACCCGGGACGGGAAGGCAGAGGAGAGCGCCACACAGUAUGCUGUCCUGGCCAUCGUCCCUGUCUUCUGCGUGAUGGGCCUCUUGGGCAUCCUUUUCUGCAAUCUGCUGAUGAAAAGGGGGUACCACUGCACUGCCAAUAAGGACGCCGAUGAGGAGGGAGCCAAGUCCGAGCGGAAUGGGAGCAAUAAUGCGUACAGGAUCGAAGAUGCCAAUGAAGACACCAUUGGGGUCUUGGUGCGUCUGAUCACGGAGAAAAAAGAAAACGCCGCGGUCUUGGAAGAGAUGCUGAAGGACUAUCACAGCAAGCAGAUUGCACAGCCCAUCUACAAACCCAUCAACAAGCUGCAUCUCCUGCCGCAGCUCCCACACAUCUGCCGGCACCAGCACCACUUGCACACGGUCCAAGGCUUGGCCACCCGCUCCGGACCCUCCUGCACCCGGUGCAGCCAGAAGAAGUGGCCGGAGGUGCUCCCGUCCACAGAGGCAGGGGCCGAAGCCGCCCUCACGUCCAAUGGCACUGCCACCAAACUGGUCAAACCUGGAAGUAAGGCAGGAAGACCGGGAGAAAUCACCAUCCUCUCUGUCGGCAGGUUCCGUGUGGCUCGCAUCCCCGAGCAGAAGCCUAACCCUCCCGAAGUGAAAAGCAUCUCGGAGAGCGUGGGAGAAGGACCGACCGAGCAACUCUACGCCUGCCUCGCUCCAGAGCAAAAGCCACUGGUCGGCAGCGGAGGGAAGCCCAGAUGGCUGACGACGGAGGACGGCCAGCAAGAGGUCAUCAUCUGACUCCGCCGGACCGAGGCAGAACGACGGAACAGCGGAUCAAUUGGAGGUGCCAGGCCAAAGAGCCCACCAGAGACAUGGCCCCACCGUGGGCAUCGUGGGAGGUGAAGGACGAGCCCUCGAUUUAUUUUCCCCUUCCCCGCUUCCAAGGGGGGGAUCGCCUUGUGGGGCUGGCCCCCCGAAGCCUCGCCCUUGUUAACGCCACCCGUGCCAGCUGGAGAGCCAAGCUCCGGAGGACACCCUUGGCAUUGCAAAGACCUUUUAAACGCCUUCUUGGAGAAAGGACUGAAAUGGGGUGGUGGGAUGGAUGGAUGGAUGGAUGGGGUUGGGAGGGGAAAAGGGGACCUUGAGUUGCCAAAUUGGAGGACCACUUGGCACAGGUUUUUGUUUACAUGGCUGGAUGGCCAUCUGUCGGGAGGGUUUUGGAUUGUGUCUUCCUGCCUGGCCGAGGGAAGGUCAGACCGGAUGGCCCUAGGGGGUCUCUUCCAACUCUAUGCUUUUAUGGCAUGGUAUAUUCUCUUAGUAGCGCCAGCCAGGCCAGGUAGCUUUUUUCUACAGAAGGGAAGAAGAGGAGAGGGAGCUUAUUUCUUUUUCUAUGGGCGUCAGCAUAAUACGCAGACCCAGAUCUCACCCUUGUGUUUGGUUUUAAUGUUUGGGUUUGUAGAUUAAAUGUUUGAAAGGGACCUCUGUACUUUCGAUGAUCUACUUUUUCUCUAUAGCUAGGGUCUAGGAUCCAGAUAGUAUACUUUCCAAAAAAUUCACAGGUGAAACAUGAGUGGCCGAGGAAGGUCAGAGUGAGUCACAAUAGCAAACAUUGCUUAAGGGGAAGCAUCUCCAACUAAGUUGGGAGUCUCUUUCUCUGGAGGCUUUCAAGCAGAGGCUGGAUGUCCAUCUGUCCGGAGUGCUUUGAUUGUGCUUUUCCUGAAUACAGAAAGGGGUUGGAUUGGAUGGCCUUUGGGGAUCUCUUCUGACUCUGAUUCUAGGAAGAGCAGGCCAGCUCAGAAUUUGGAUACAGUUUGGAAGAACAGGAUUUGAUGCUCUCCUGAGAGUACUCCAUGUCCUCUUCAAAGUAUCCACGUGCCUCUGAAAACGUUCAUAAGAAGGGCUGAUCUCUAGUUUGUCCAUAGAUGAGCUCAGAGAGCCCUAGAAUUGGGGAGGACCUCAAAGGUCAUCUAGUCCAGCCCUCUCGCUGCCAUUGUAUGAGACGUCAGUCAUUGAGCCUCUGUUUCCAAAACCUUCAGCGAAGGAACUCCAAAGCUUCCUCAAGAAACAUAUGUUUGGAUACCUUCAUCCAAAAGUGUUGGGCUAUCUGGCCUCUCAAACGACUUGGGUUACAAACCCCAUUGUCCUUCCCUGUUGGCCAUGCUGGCCGUGGCUGCUGGGACUUGAAAUCCAGCAACCUCUGGCAGAUCCACCAUUCCCCAUGUUGGUGUUAAUGACGUGAAGUCCUGCAAGCCUCUUGGGAUUUUGGGAGACAUGGUUUUAACACUUCCUCUUCGCCAUAUAUUUGAGCAACCUGGAUUCUAUUCUAAUCUUUAUUUCCAACAGCUUGGUAAAACACUACAUAAAGGAAUGAACGGUGGCUGGUGCUAGUGGGUGGGAUAUUUAGUAACCUGAACAGUUCCUUUAAAGUUCAGACUAGAACACAAGGGGAAUACAACCACAGGACCAAGGAAAAUAGGCUUUGUAGGAAGGACUUGAAAGGGGUUGACUGGCUUCUCUACUAAGAAGGAAUCUGCUAGUCCCAGUUACUAGGAAUUGGUAGGAAUCAGUGUAGACUUCUGGCACGUCUUAGCCAUGACAGAGAUCAGCUUUCUAGGACCAUAACGUGGUAUCUCAUUGGCAUUUGGAAGGCUAACGAUGCCAACUCUUUCCUCUCCCCACUUUGUUUACACCAAGAGCAGCCUGUAAUUACAGUGGUCUUAACCCACCCUGUCUGCCGACGCAGCGUUUUUGUCUCGGUAUUAUUGUUAUUUUCUACAUCAAGUGUUAUUUAUGUGGGCAAAGCGGGGCGGGGGGCUCUCUCCUUCCCACCUGGCUUUUGCUCCUUUGUGUUAUUUAUUUAUUACUGACCAUUUAUUGUGUUCUGUUGGGGUUGGGAUUUUGUUGUUGUUGCUGUUGGACAUUACUUCAAGGAGCCGUCCUCGGGUGGCUUUCUCAGUCUGUUGGUUUUGGUUUCUGUAUUUAUUGAUCAAUAAAAGCAAUCUGGAAAACAAAA